AUGUUUAGUCUACCCACCAUCAUGAGGACAGCCGUCCGUAACCAGCAGCCUCUGGCUCGCAACGCCGCCGUCGCCCCCGCUGCCGUCGCCAACUUUGCCACCGCUCCCGCCGCCGCCGCUCCCAAGGAGACCAAGAAGCGCGCCUCGUCCACCACCACCAAGGCCAAGGCGAGCGCGUCCAAGGCCAACGCUGCCGCUGCCGCCGUCGAUGGAUCCGCUGCCGCUACCACCAAGCGUGGCGGUGCCAAGGCCAAGGCGCCCAAGAAGGAGAAGCUCAAGCCCUGGCAGGCGCGUGGUGCCGACGGCAAGCUCCUCCCGCUGCCCUCGGCCAACAAGCCUACGCUCCGAUCGUCGUUCCUGAUCUACAUGUCGGAACGCGUCGCCCAACUCAAGGGUGAGCCUCUUUACCAAAAGACUUCGCCCAAGACGGGUGCCCAGGUCGUCGACAUUGUCAAGAUGGCCAAGGCCGUCGGUGCCGAGUGGGCCCAGCUUCCCCCCCAACUCAAGGCUCGCUACGAGGCGCAGCACGAACAGGAGAAGGAGGCUUACGAGCGCGCCCUCGCCGAGUGGAAGGCCGCCCUGUCGCCCGAAGACAUCAAGCGCCAGAACGCGUACAUUGCCUCGCAGAAGAAGAAGGGCAUCAAGGGCACUGCCUUCCUGCGCGACCCUGCCAAGCCCAAGCGUCCCAACUCGGCCUUCUUUGAGUUCCUCAACGACCUGCGUGCCAGCGAGGCUGUGAUCCCCAACAUCACCGAGUUCUCCAAGCGCGGUGGUGAGCGAUGGAAGCAGAUGUCGGCUGAGCAGAAGGCCCCAUACGAGCAGCGCGCGUUGCAGGCGCUCGAGCAGUACAAGCGUGACCUCGAGUUGUACAACAGCACCCGUGCCCCCGAGCUCUAG